AUGACCCUCCAGCUCCUCUCCCAGCAGUUCCCGAGCGCCAGCGUCCGCAGCAUGCAGCAUCCCCUGUUAUCUUCUCCCUCCCAGAGGGUGUUUGUGGAGGCAGAUAAGAACCAAGCACUCGCUAUCACACUGGGAAGCCCCACUUGCCCUCAUCAGCCUGGGGUGAAGGGGAACCACAGCACUGCCAUGGGCAAAGCUGGCUCAGCCACACCAUGGAUCCGGUCAGGGAAAGAGGUGCACGUCUCCCGUGUGGUCUCGCUGCCGUGCUUCCACACUUCCCACAUGAAGGAAAACCCUCAUGAAAUCGCAGCGGAGCAGAUGCUGCUUCAGCCCGUGUUGUUAGAGAUGAACGAGGAGGAGGAGGAGGCGCAGAGAGCCACAGCUUCCACCAGCAAAGCCCCCGCCGCAAACCUCGGAGGUCAUCCCGGGAUGGCGGCUUUCCCGCACGGAUAUCCGUCCCCCACGUUUGCUGUCAGAGGCAGCAGCAGGAGGAGGUGUGAGGAGGAGCACAUCGCGAAGCACCACCACGGACCAGGCGCAGAGGAAGGGGAUGACAUCCUGCAGCAGGAAACCCCCAAACCCAAGCCCUGCCCGCACACCCCGCGCUCCGGAGGGGUCCCACCGGUGCUCCGGGGACAGCCCGGUGCUGCCCCACGGCUGGUGUCCACAUCCCGCUCCCGGCCCCAUGCAGGGACAGGGACCCCGCACCCUGCGCCGGGCUCCCGCCGCACCCGCACCCCGCUACGGGCUCCCACCCUGCCGGUGCCCGCCGGCAGCGGGGCCUCACGCCGGGCCGAGGGGCUGCUCCGGGAGCCGGGAACAGCGGCGGGGCCAGGCCGCGGGGCUGCAGCCGCAACAGGCGCCGCGCCGGGCCGCGGGCCCCAGCCGAGGCCGGUCCGGCCGCAACCCCGCUCUCCGCGCCGGGACUCGCAGCUCCGGGCUCGGCCGCGCUCAGCCCCGGGGCCCGGGCGCAGCCCCGCGAGGCUCCGGGCCGCGGCCCGCACAGGCCGCCCGCCCCAGCCCGGCCCAGCCCAGCCCGGCCCGGCCCGGCUCAGCCCGGCGCACAAAGAGCCCCGUCCCGCCCCCCCCUUACCGGCGGUCGGCGCCGCGCUGCGGCGGUGUCGGCGGCGGGAGGCACCGGUCACGCCGGGAACCAUGGAAAGGAGCCGGGACCAGACGCUCCCGGAUCUUGGAUCCCCAUCCCCGGCGCACGCAUGGGGUGAGGAAGAGGAUGCACCACUCCUGCCCCAAGGGCUGAACAUGAGAGGCGGAUUCCAACAGAGCAUCACUUCGACCACAGAUAGAAAGCAGCCGUCUCCGGUAUCCAGCGCUACAGCGCCUGACAGCUUGCAGCCAUCCCACAGAACAGCCCAGGACGGGAAGUGAUCUCCUCUUACAAAUUACAGGAGCCAAUUUACACAGGGCAAACACUUCCCGUUCUGCGGAGACCAGAGCGAGACCGCACACGGCAGCGGGUCAGGGCCUCCGCUUCCCUCACCGCUUCCAGACCCUCUGGGACAUGCUGCAGGAGGAACGCCGCAGCUCCGGGUACCCGCAGCCGGCCUCACACAGCACCCAGCAAGACCAGCUCGGAAGCACGACCCCGAGCACACGUUUGGGAUGGUCCAAAGCUCUCGCAGGAUGGGCUCCAUGCAGAGGUUUUUCCUCACUUCAUCCAUGUCUGGCAGCUAAGCGAUCCUGAGCCUGGGUAACAAUCUGUAAGGCUUUGACAAGGAACACACACAUCAGUAAGAGCGAAAACAUUAGAGGCAAACCUUCAGCUUUCAGCGCAUUCGUGUGCCACAGCAUUUGCUUUCCCAAAGUUAACGCAGAUCAGCAUCUCUUCCGUGUCACAGUGCCUUGCAGAGAGCUCUGUUGACUGCAACAAUCUCUUUUCCUAAUCCAGGCUUGAUUCGGGGGGAAACAGGUGAUUUGAUCAAGUUUCUUUACUGUCCUUUGAUAUGGGUCUUAGCUGCUAAUGGUGCUAGGAAGUGAAAAAGAAAUGGGAAUAGAAAUACACAACUAUGAAGAAUUAAAAUAGUGACUUUAAUUCAACCAGUUCCAACUGAAUCAGUAAUUCCCUGAAAAACAAACCUUGC